ACAGGCCCCGGCCCAACCCGGAAUGGGUGGAGCGGUCUAAGAUGCGUCUCCUCCUCAGAGGGGGCCCGAUGGCGAUCGCCAUGCGGCUGCGGGAACCACUCCAGCCGUUACAAAAGAUGGACCCGCUGCGCACGAGGCGGUGUCUGGCGGUGCGAGGCUGCCGUGCGCAUGCGGGAGCCUCGUGUCCCUGCUGCGGGGACUCCGAGCCGCCCCCCCUGGGCCCAGGCCACGCCCCCACCCGGGCGGGGGCAGAAGAGGAGGUGAAGGUGAAGAUGAAGGAGCUGAACGAGCACAUCGUGUGCUGCCUCUGCGCCGGGUACUUCAUCGAUGCCACCACCAUCACGGAGUGUCUGCACACCUUCUGCAAGAGCUGCAUCGUGAAGUACCUGCAGAGCAGCAAGUACUGCCCCAUGUGCAACACGAAGAUCCACGAGACGCAGCCGCUGCUCAACCUCAAGCUGGACCGCGUCAUGCAGGACGUCGUCUACAAGCUGGUGCCCGGCCUGCAGGAAAGCGAGGAAGAAAGCGGAUCCGCGAGUUCUACAGUCGCUGGGUCUCGAUACGCGAGUGACCCAGGCCCCAGCUACUGCGGAGCCGGGCCCGUGGCCUCUCACUGCCACCGGGUGCUGGCUGGGGGGGCCGGCCCGUUCGCUCUCACUGUCCCCCAGGUGCUGGCUGGGGGGUCGGGCCUGUGGCUCUUCACUGCCCCCCCGGCUCUUGUGGUGCCUGGGCUGGCCUCCUGGGGUGCUGCGGGGGGCCGGCGUGGCUCUCACUCGUCCCCCCCGUGGUGCUUGGCUGCGGGGGCCGGGGCCGUGGCUCUUUCACGCCCCCUCCCGGUUGCUGGCUGGGGGCCGGGCCGUGAUGUCUCAUUCCUGUCCACCCCCCCGUGGUUGCUGGGCUUGGGGGCGGGCCCGUUGUGGCUCUCACUGUCCCUCCAGUGCUGGCUGGGGGGGCCGGCUCCGUUGGUCCUCUUCACUGUCCCCCGGGUGCUGGCUGGGGGGGCCGGGCCCGUGGCUCUCACUGCCCCCCCGGGUGCUGGCUGGGGGGGCCGGGCCCAUGGCUCUCACUGCCCUGCGUCUCCCGCAGAUCCUGUGGUCGACACGAUGGGUUUGCCCUACAGCAGCUUCGACCACUCCCGUGCCCACUACUACCGCUACGACGAGCACGUCUCCCUGUGCCUGGAGCGGCAGAGCUCCAGCAAAGAGAAGAACAAGGCCACUUUGCAGCAGAAGUACGUGCGCUGCUCGGUGCGGGCUCAGGUGCGCCACCUGCGCAGGGUCCUGUGUCACCGCCUGGGGCUGGCGCUGCAGCACGUGCAGAUCCUGUACGGCAGCGAGGUGCUCCCGGAUCACAUGACCAUGAAGCAGCUGUGGCUGUCCCGCUGGUUCGGCAGGCCUGCGCCCCUGCUCCUGCAUUACAGCGUGAAGGAGAAGAGGAGGUAGGGGAUGAGCAGAGGGGGCUGCCAGGCCCGGUGACCCCUGCAGCUCCCCCCUGACCGUAACUUAAACCCUCCUGCCCCAGCCGAGUCUAUUUUUUGAAUAAAACCGUUGAAAAUCCCUG